AUGCUAGAGAGAGAAACAGAGGAGAGAGAAACAAUGGAGUUCGAGAAGAGGAAGGAAGCAACACUUGCAUUCAUGAAUUCACCAGAGCCUGAUAAAUCUCCAAAAGGCACAGUGGACACACCCAUCUUACCUCUACUCAAGACCCUCAACUCACAUCCCUCUUACUUCACUACCAGUUCAUGCUCUGGCCGAAUCUCCAUCCUCUCCCAACCCACCGCCGCCGCCGCCGCCGCCGCCGCCGCUACCACUACCAAGAAAAAGGCCAAAGGCGGCACGUGGCUUUACAUAACCCACGACCCAACUGACCCUGAAUCAGUCCUCAACCUCCUAUUCCCCACCAACCCAACUCAGCCUCCCCUAAUCCACCUCUCCGAUCUCGUCUUCCGAUUCGAACCCCUAAUAAUCGCCGUCGAAUGCAAAGACGUCUCCUCAGCUCAGUUCUUAGUAUCUCUAGCUAUCUCUUCUGGGUUCAGGGAAUCGGGUAUUACGAGUGUCAACAAAAGAGUGAUCUUAGCUAUUCGUUGUUCCAUACGAUUGGAAGUGCCGUUGGGUGAUAACGAGCGGCUCAUGGUGUCGCCGGAGUAUAUUCGGUACCUUGUUGGGAUUGCGAACGAGAAGAUGGAGGCGAAUAGGCGAAGAACGGAUAGUUUUCUUAAUGCACUGAUAAGCCAUGGUUUUACUGGAAUUGAAGUCUCGGAGAGUGUUAAUGGACCUUCGGUCAAUGCAAAAGGUGAUAUUAAUGGUGGUUCGAAGCACAUCGAGAUUCAGAAUUCAGAGUGUCAUCUGAAUUCUUAUAGUAAAGGGAACAAGGGAGAUGCAAAAUCCGUAGGAAUAGAUGCAGACGCGCAAUUUGGAUCAUUAGGAGUUCCAGGUACCACUCUGUCUAUUAUUCCAAUGGUGAUUGUUGGCGAACCUGUUGAGAAGCUUCUCCUUUGGGGUCACUCUGCUUGUCCUUUGGGUAACCCAAAUCACAAAAGAAUUCUCAUUUUUGGUGGUUUUGGAGGUAUGGGAAGACAUGCAAGGAGAAAUGAUUCUAUACUGCUUGAUCCACUGGAUGGUAAGUUAGAAGCAAUCAGUGUUCAGGGCACUCCAUCUCCACGCUUGGGUCACACGUCUUCUGUAAUAGGAGAUUUUAUGUUUGUUAUUGGAGGCAGGGCUGAUCCAAUGAAUAUUCUGAAUGAGGUCUGGGUUCUUAAUACAGUGAAGAAUGAAUGGAAUUUGCUAGAAUUUACUGGCAGUGUGUUUCCUCCUAGGCAUCGGCAUGCAGCAGCAGUUGUAGGCUCAAAAAUAUAUGUAUUUGGUGGAAUUCUCAAUGAUGUAAUUUCUUCGUCAUUAUGUGUCCUUGAUAUAAACAAUUUGCAGUGGACUGAGAUAUGCAUCCAGGGGAAAUGGCCAUGCCCUCGUCAUUCUCAUUCAUUGGUGGCAUUUGGGUCUAGGUUAUUUAUGUUUGGAGGAUAUGAUGGCGAGAAAGCACUAGGAGACCUUUACAGUUUUGAUGUUCAAACAUGUCUAUGGAAAAAGGAAAAGAUGGCAGGGAGGACUCCAUAUGCAAGGUUCUCACACUCAAUGUUUGUUUAUAAGAAUUAUCUUGGAAUUGUAGGGGGAUGUCCUGUCAGACAACAUUAUCAAGAGUUGUCAUUACUUGAUCUGCAUUCCCAUUUGUGGAAGCAUGUGAUGCUGAAUUCUGUUGGCAAAGAUCUUUUUGUUCGUUGCACAGCAAGUGUUGUUGGCGAUGAUCUAGUAAUGAUAGGCGGUGGGGCAGCUUGUUAUGCUUUUGGAACAAAGUUUAGUGAACCAAUGAAAAUCAACUUGCUUCCAGUAACGCCCUUAGAUGAUCAUUUUGUGCCUGCUGAAUCUGGAGAAAAGCAUGUUGUUUACCAAGAUGAAGGGGUGGUAGUAGAGAGAAAGAAUGGUGAUUUUCAAUUUUCACAGAAUAAAACUGAACAAAUAUCAAAUAAUGGCCCUUUGGAUCCUGAGGUUGAAGAAUCUUGCAAAUAUGUUGGACGUCAGAUGGUUGAUUCGCAUUGGGUUCUACAACUUGAAAGGCAAUAUGCGAAAUUGGGGAAGGACAUAUUGAAAAUUUUUGGAUGGUUAGAUGUUGCGAGAAAGGUUUAUCCCCAGGAAGACGGGAUACAUAUUUGUUUCCCUGUCACAGAAGAAUUUUGUGCUGUCUACUGCAAUAAGCAACAUCAUUCGGUAAAUGAGUUCAAAAGAAUGGAUGGCCUUCAACCAUGGAAAUCAUCAGAGAGAGAGGGGUUUUUAUUAAAUGAUAUCUCCUGUUCAAAAGCUUUGAAUGUUCUAAUAGCAUGUGGUGCCACUAAACUUCUGGACGAGGUUGUUAAAGUAAAAAAGUUUCCAAACUCUCCUCUAAAAAUAAUGACUGAAGCUGUAGCCUCUUUAGUAAAGCAUCGAAACCUACCCGCACAACUUUUAGAGCAGCUACCCACAAGAUGGGAGCGACUAGGGGAUAUUAAUGUGAUUCCAGUGACGUCGUUCAGGGAUCCAAUUUGGGACUCAAUUGGGGAGGAGCUUUGGCCAACCGUUGCAAAAUCUCUUGGUACUCGUCGGCUUGCUCGACAAGGUCGAGUUGCAUCUACUGGAACAAGGGACAGUAAUUUGGAGAUUCUUGUGGGAGACAAUGGUUGGGUUGAUCACCGUGAAAAUGGAAUUCUUUAUUCUUUUGAUGCAACCAAGUGCAUGUUCUCUUGGGGAAAUUAUUCUGAGAAGCUUCGCAUGGCCUGUCUAGAUUGUAGGGAUCAAGUUGUUGUAGAUUUGUUUGCUGGCAUUGGAUAUUUUGUGUUACCAUUCCUCGUCAGGGCAAAUGCGAAACUGGUGUAUGCAUGUGAGUGGAAUCCCCAUGCUAUUGACGCACUUCAGCGUAACCUUCAUGCUAAUUCUGUGGCUGAUCGUUGUGUGAUACUUGAAGGAGAUAACCGGAUCACAGCUCCUAAAGGUGUUGCUGAUCGGGUCUGUCUUGGUCUCCUGCCAACAAGUGAAGGCAGUUGGGCCACUGCUGUAAAGGCAUUAAGGAGUGAGGGUGGGAUAUUACAUGUGCAUGGGAAUGUGAGGGACUCGGAGGUAGAUUCGUGGACAGGACAUGUCUCAAAAUCGAUACAUGAAAUCGCUGUAUCUGAAGGCUACUGUUGGGAAAUUGCAAUAGAACAUCUUGAGAGAGUAAAAUGGUAUGCCCCGCACAUUCGCCAUAUUGUUGCAGAUCUAGGAUGCAAACAGGUUCAGAGAUAACAUGCCAAGUGGUGUGUUGCUUAAAAGUGCAAAUUAGGCUGCUGCAUGACAAAAUCAUGGCUGUGAACCUGUGGUUUGAUGCUGCACGAAUGGCAUCUGACUGGUGCACGUCAUUGUACCCAAUUCCAGAUUCGCCUUUUUUCUCCACGUAGGGUCUCUUAAGUACCCAUAAUCCACGUUGGGCCUCUUAAAAUUUCCUGUGAGCUGUCCCAAGAUUUAAAGGAUUUCUGCAGAUACUUGUUUGGGAAAAGAGAUGGCCAAUACUGAAAUUUUUUACAAGAGGGAAAGAUGAGCUUGGAGGUGAUGACCGUUGGGAAUAUUUCAAAAUAGGCAAAUGCAGUUUGGAGAGAAGCCGUGGUAUUAAAUACUUGGGAAAUUUGAUGUGGAGAGUUGUAGAUGGUUGCUUUUUUGUUCCUCUGGACUGCAAAAUUGUUUAAGCACAUGCUUCAUGCUUAAUGUCACUUGAAGAAACUUUCAAUUUUUUGACUCUCAGAGAGGGUGGAAUAUAUUUUAUUUCUUCAUA